AUGGCGGCGGCGGCGGCGGUGGGCGCGGGCGCGGGCGCGGGGGGCCCGGGAGCGGCGGGCGGCGGCGGGGCGCGCGAGGGCGCGCGGGUGGCGGCGCUGUGCCUCCUGUGGUACGCGCUGAGCGCGGGCGGCAACGUGGUCAACAAGGUGAUCCUGAGCGCCUUCCCGUUCCCCGUGACCGUGUCGCUGUGCCACAUCCUGGCGCUGUGCGCGGGGCUCCCGCCGCUGCUGCGCGCCUGGCGCGUGCCCCCCGCGCCGCCCGUCUCGGGCCCCGGGCCCGGCCCACAUCCGUCUCCGGGCCCGCUGCUGCCGCCGCGCUUCUACCCGCGCUACGUGCUGCCGCUCGCCUUCGGCAAAUACUUCGCGUCCGUGUCAGCGCACGUCAGCAUUUGGAAGGUGCCAGUGUCCUACGCGCACACCGUCAAGGCCACCAUGCCCAUCUGGGUGGUUCUCCUGUCCCGGAUCAUCAUGAAGGAGAAGCAGAGCACCAAGGUAUACUUGUCACUCAUCCCCAUCAUCAGCGGCGUUCUGCUGGCCACCGUCACCGAGUUGUCAUUCGACAUGUGGGGGCUCAUCAGUGCCCUUGCUGCCACAUUGUGCUUCUCGCUUCAGAAUAUUUUCUCCAAAAAGGUUUUGAGAGAUUCACGGAUCCACCAUCUCCGGUUGCUGAACAUCUUGGGCUGUCACGCUGUCUUCUUUAUGAUUCCCACGUGGGUUCUGGUGGACCUUUCAGCUUUCCUGGUCAGCAGUGACCUGACCUAUGUGUCCCAGUGGCCCUGGACGCUCCUGCUCCUGGCUGUCAGUGGCUUCUGUAACUUUGCCCAGAAUGUCAUCGCCUUCAGCAUCCUCAACCUCAUCAGCCCUCUGAGCUACUCUGUUGCCAAUGCCACCAAGAGAAUCAUGGUCAUCACAGUGUCCCUGAUCAUGCUGCAAAACCCAGUCACCAGCACCAACGUCCUGGGCAUGAUGACAGCCAUCCUGGGGGUCUUUCUAUACAACAAAACCAAGUACGAUGCCAAUCAGCAAGCCCGGAAGCACCUCCUCCCUGUCACAACAGGGGACCUGAGCAGUAAGGAGCAUCAUCGGAACCCCCUGGAAAAACCCCACAAUGGCAUCCUCUUCCCCCAGCACGGGGACUAUCAGUAUGGCCGCAACAACAUCUUAACAGACCACUUCCAGUACAGCCGGCAGAGCUACCCAAACUCCUACAGUUUGAACCGUUAUGACGUGUAGAGUCUAGAGGGCAGGGCGGUACCAUUGUGUGACUCCUCCCCCCACUCCCUAGCAGUACCAGAAACUUCUGACAACCAGUGAAUGUACAACCCAGCCGAGGGGACGGUGCAUAACCAUCAGCAGACCCUGGGCUUCCCUGCCCCCUGGGGGUAGCAGGACGCUGCCCCGCAGGAAGGACCACUGCCCUCAAGCUCCAGUGUCCCAGGCCCUUUCUUCCUGGAGUCUAUCAUCUGAGGGCUGUGUUGGUAUGGAGAUCUUAGCCAGGUUUUUAACCUUUCUUUCUGGACUUAUUCCCCGAGUCAUGUAUUUGAGAGUUCUUGUUCUGCUUUCCAGAUAAUAUUUCCAAAUAACUCUCCGGAAGGGUGAGAUCGCUGUGGAUACAGACCUCCAAGCAGGCAAGAGGGUUUCCUGGGGGCCAAGGAAAGGAUGUAAGGAAGGGUGCUUGAGAGCGACAAACUAGCUGCUUCCAUUUCACUGCUCAGAUAGGUGAAGGGCUGAGGCAGGCAUGGAGCAGAGGAGCGCCAGAGUUUAUUAAAAGCAUCUCCAGAAACAAAGACAGACCCAGUUUCCGGUCUACCCCAUAGCUGUUUGCAGCUACUGGCAAAUGUCCCAAAGAGAAAAAAAAGCUGCAAUUAAGCCUGGAAUACCUGAAGCCUAAUUCUUUGACCUGCACAUCAGAGCCGGUGUUGUGUCCAGAUCCAGAGGGAGGGCAGCUGCGUCUCCUGUGCACUCGCUUCCCUUGCCAGAGCAGGGUCUCUCUCCUCUCUGGGGAUAGCGAGGAGGAAGUGACUGUGGGGCUGUCAGAAGGAGCAUUAGGAAAUCAUGUCAGUGUUUCAAACUCUAUUUCUGUAAUACUUGUGUUGUCUUUUCUGAUGAGUCUUCACCACUGCUGUGAGGACUUAGUAGGAUAUUUGGUGGGGAGAUGUUAAUUUCAUGAGGAUCUUGCAUUUUUCUAGGGAAUGUUUUGUAGUUGUGUAUAUUUAUGCCUUGGUUCCCUGUGGGGGGGGGGGGACGCAUGAGGGAGGACUGGCUUAUGGACUGAAAACCCUCUUGUUCUUAAAUGUUUAAAAACAAGAAAAGCUCCUACUGGCAAUGCCUGUCUUGAUACAUUUCAGCAUUAGUAGGAGGUGAUUCUUUGAUUCCAUGCCCUGAUCUGGCAGUGUUUGCAUUAGGAUCUGAAUCAUGUCCUGGUGAAGGGGAGAAGGGGCAAGCACCAAGCUAUGAUUUGGGUUUGGCUAAAUCACAGAUCAGGAAAAUGAUAUGGCCCCAGCAGAUAACUUGUGUGCCGAGGUUCAGGUGAGGCUCUCCGUCUUUCCCAGCAUCACAAGAGGACCCUGCCCUCAGAGAGGACCUCCGGCUUGGCUGGUGAGUCUUUGGUGAUGUCUGCCGUCCUCCUUCAGCACUGUGCCUAACUCGUCGAAUAGGCACCUGGGGAGCAAGCAGCAGAUGGGAUAGUGGGUCACCCUUUACCUCCUGGGGAGAGACAUCUUCCUGUCAGAGGAGGUACCAUAGCAUAUGAUUGAUUCCUGGUUUGGUUAUUUUGUCAGCUUAUGAACAGGCUGUUCCUGGAGAGGUCACCUGGUCCCCUUCUGGCUUGAGUUUAUGCACCACCGGCCUCAGGUCCCCGUGUUGUUCGUUUGCUUUAUAAUUAUUUUGGCCCCAAGUUUUGAGACAGUUGCUGUGUAAAACUGGAAGGAGAAAUCCUGAAGGUAUUUGAAAAGAGCUUGCCGAGUGCUUCUGCCAGAGGCAUUACGGUCUAUAGCUGAACUUUUCUCACUGGGGAAUAUAGCAACAAAUGGGGUGAAUUUUACAGCACAAAGAUAUUAUAGUGGUUGUCUUUAUGAUGAAAAUAACAGACUCCUUGAACAGAUAACCAAACUCCAAAAUCAACUACACGUCUUUUCAGGUUUAAUGAAAUUCCUGAUGUUGCUAAAAUUUGUAUAUUCAUUUGUUUUCCUUUUCCCAUGCAAGAUCUGCUAGUGAGGGGAAAUGACUCAUUUUAUUAUGGUUUAUAAAUUAAUAAAUGGGGUAUUUAAUUCUGUACAUAAAUCUACAGCCAAGUACAUACACUGGAAUGAAUGAGACAAUCAUAUUAGACCAAAUCAUCAGAUCAAAAAACAAAGACAUACUUUUUGAGACUUGAAGGUUCAGAGCUGACACUGACCUCCUGAAGGCCAGCUUUCCAGCCACUUUGGCCCUGGCCCACCAACCCCACCCCACUCCCACAUGCACAUUCGCAGCUCUGUUCCCCUCACCCUCCUCCCUGCUGGGGUUUGUGGUAGCAAAUUUGUCUACCCAUCCAUGGUAUGGUCUUGCCUGAGACACUAACUAAACCCAACUCCUUCAUUUUACAGAAGGGGAAGCUGAGGCUCAGAGGGCAUUUUUGAAUAGUGUUCAUUCACUAUUUUGAGACUCGGUGUGGACUUUUUGAGCACCUUAUUUUAAGUCAUUCGUUCUAGGGAAAUCAAACCCUUUUUACAAAGGAGAGAAGCCAAAUAUGUUGAAGUGAAGAAGCCCUUGGGAUUUCUGAAUUUUGCUGUGUAUUUGGCAUACACCAUAGAACAGGCCCUUUAUUAUUGCUGGGACAUAACCAGACCUGGAUACCUUAAGGCCUCACAGCCUUAAGGGGAUAAAAUAUUAAAUUAUUAAAGGAAUUGAAAAUUGUGGAUUCUUUUUUCAAUUGUCACCUGUUUUCAAGACUUAAAUGCUAUAAACUUCUGUGGGAAUGAUACUGUAUCUAUAUUCAUUGAUGGCAUUUACCAAAAAUAAAAGAUGGUCUCCAGGGAA